CGACUCACGACUGUUGACUUUCGGCUUCGAGCAUUGGACAAGAUUUGAUCCUUGACUCACGACUGCCAAUUCAAAGUCUAGGGUGAGGCUCGGUCUCAGUCACGUCUGAGCUCUGCACUGAAAUCACUCCUUCGAGAGACGAUUGCCUUCGACCUUCCUCGCGCUCUGUUUUAGUCCUCUUGCAGCGGAGUGCGAGUCAAGUCAUAUCGAAGGACGCUCGACCAACACCCGUCGGCAGCUUCGUCGCACACAUCUGCCGAUCCUCAGUCCACGGCCCUUCAGCAAAAUGUCGCCUUGAGCAUUGCCAAGCUAUUUGAUGCGGCUAGGUCUUCACAUUGUGCAAGCACUUUGUCUUUGACGAAUUCAUCUCAUCUCGCUAGCAAUGUCCGCUCGGCCAAUCAUUGUGAUCACGGGCGCCAACGCCGGGCUCGGAUUCGGAACAGCACAGCGUCUCCUAGUCCAGCUGUCGCACGCAUUGCCCCCGGACACUCGGCCAGACUGGAGCCUAUCUAGCUCUCAUUCCUCUGACAGCGAGGCUACGCCGUCACCUUUCGCUGCUCCUAAUGGGUGCACUUUGGUCCUUGCUUGUAGGAAUCUGAAGAAAGCGCAUGCGGCGAAAACCGAGCUGCAAACGCUCUUGUGGAAUCUCGCUCGCCUGCCAGAGACCUCCGAGUCUUUGUGCGAUGUACCUAGACAGAGCUUCAAGCAUGACGAACACCAAUUUGCCAGUGGAGACAUGUCGGCUCGUGGGGAUUACAGCAGAGAUGAGAAGGGAAACUUGCUCGAAUUGGAUCAACGUGAGCCGAGAGCAGCUGCCGCAUACAGGCGACGCUUCUGCGAAGGGACGCAGAUUGAGGUUGUCGAGCUUGACUUGAACAGCAUGUCUAGCGCCCUGAGCUGUGCCAGCGAGGUCACACAGAGGUAUGGCUAUAUCACGCAUCUCGUUCUCAAUGCUGGAGGUGCCGCUUGGAUCGGCUUGGAUUGGCCACUGGCUGUCUGGCAGGUGCUUACCAGCUUGCACGUUGCUGUCACACUGCCGAAGUACAAACUUCAAAGGUCAGGUGAUCGCAGCUCAGACGGAUACGGAUGGGUCUGGCAGGCGAAUGUGGGUGCACACUACGUCGUCACAAGAGCAUUGUUACCCGCUCUGCGGGCCAGUCCGUUCGACACCCCCUCUCGCAUCAUCUGGACAAGUUCCAUCGAGGCAUUAGAGCGACACUAUGACGCGCGUGACCCUCAAUGUCUCGACAGUCAGAGGCGCCACUGCCCUUACGAGUCAAGCAAAUACCAAUGCGAGCUUGCGUCAAUCGGACUCAGCCAGAGGCUUCAUGCAUCGCUGUUCGAUCGCCAGCACCACGGCCUUCAAGUCCACACUAACGGUGUUAAGCGGCAUUCGCCUGAGAGCUUUGUAGUCCAUCCAGGCGUAGUGGCAAGCAGCAUCUUUUCCGAAUUCCUCAACGUGGUGCUAGCUUGGUGCAUGCACGCCGCCUUCUAUUUCGCUCGAUGGACAUUUUCGCCGAAUCACCCCAUUCAGCCAUAUAAAGGAGCAGUGGCAGCUUCUCACGUGGCUCUCGCACCCCGACACUUGCUCAGCCCGAGCCUGCGGUACGGCUCGUGCGCCAACUUUUGGGGGCAAGAAUACGUUUCAUCUGGCAGGGUCGACGGCUGGUCGGAUGAAAGUUCGGCUUCCGGGUUGGUGAAGAAAGGAAAGGAGGGAAAGGAGGGAGACGUGGUUCGAAAGAAGGCGGAUCAACUGAUCGAGGCCCUAGAAGAUAUCACGAGGGAUGUGUGGAAGAAGAAUAUGAAGGGAGUGCCGGAGAAUCUGCAUGGAACUCAUCGGGACCGCAAAGCAGAUCACGCGGGAGAGCAAUUUGACAUUCGGUCAAAGUUCCAAAGCGGUGAUGUACGACGAAGGACUCAGGCAGAUGAGCUGGCAGAGACCUGAUGCAAUGCACAUUCAAGUGCUCAUACUCUUGCCUUUGUGGCAUGAGGGACUGCUUGUAUCGGUAGUCAGUCACGAGUGGUGAGUUCGCCGACUGCUUGCGGGGCUGCUGGCGGUGCUCAUCCGUCCGCAC